CCGCCCCGCGGGCGGCCAUCUUGGAAGCUGAGGCGGAGGCGGCGGCGGCGCUGCGGCGGGUGCGGCGGUCCGGUCCCGGCGUGGUGCGGCUCUCUCCGGAGCGGGCUCCACUCUUCCGCACCCUGCUCCGGCCUCGACCACGGCGAGCCUGAGCGCGGCGGCGGCCCACGCGCGGCGACGGGGAGAGAUGAGCAACAACAGCAAUAAGAGAGCUCCAACAACAGCAACGCAGAGACUGAAGCAGGACUACCUUCGAAUUAAGAAAGACCCAGUGCCUUACAUCUGUGCUGAGCCACUCCCUUCGAAUAUUCUUGAAUGGCACUAUGUCGUCCGAGGCCCUGAGAUGACCCCUUACGAAGGUGGUUAUUACCAUGGAAAACUAAUUUUUCCCAGAGAAUUUCCUUUCAAACCUCCUAGUAUUUAUAUGAUAACUCCCAGCGGAAGAUUUAAGUGCAAUACCAGGCUGUGUCUUUCCAUCACGGAUUUCCACCCCGACACGUGGAACCCGGCCUGGUCUGUGUCCACCAUCCUGACCGGGCUCCUGAGCUUCAUGGUGGAGAAGGGCCCCACCCUGGGCAGCAUAGAGACGUCAGACUUCACGAAAAGACAGCUGGCAGCGCAAAGUUUAGCGUUUAAUUUAAAAGAUAAGGUCUUUUGUGAAUUAUUUCCUGAAGUUGUGGAGGAAAUUAAGCAAAAACAGAAAGCACAAGACGAACUGAGUAGCAGGCCCCAGACUCUGCCCUUACCAGACGUGGUUCCAGACGGGGAGAUGCACCACGGCCAGAACGGGAUGCAGCUUCUCAAUGGGCACGCACCGGGGGCCGGCCCGCACCUCGCGGGGCUCCAGCAGGCCAACCGGCACCACGGACUCCUGGGCGGUGCCCUGGCGAACUUGUUUGUUAUAGUUGGGUUUGCGGCCUUCGCCUACACAGUCAAGUACGUGCUGAGGAGCAUCGCACAGGAGUGAGAGGCGCACGGGAGCCAGCCCCACGGUCGCUGUUGAGGGACGCCAGGCGCCAGAGCCCGACAUGGGCAGGCUGGACACGCUGCUGAGUGCCGGCGGACCCGCCAGAUUCCUGGGUUUAGCUUUUUAAAAACCUUAAAAGGAAAGCAAAAACCAAAAUGUGUGAUUCAGAUUUGGAGGAGGCUUGAGGUUCUCAGCCCCGUCUCGCCCCCGUGCCUGUCGGGGCUGGCGUGGAGGAGGGCCGCUCACACUUUGGUUUUUAUAGCUUAUCUCUUGUAUUGUCUUUAGACCUGUUUUAGUAAACCUGUUUUUCAUUUUAUUAGAUUUGGUCACUUAAAAAUUAAGACUCAAUGCCUGUCAGAUACCCAGUGCAUCGGCAGGCGGGAGCCAGGGGCCUGGUGGCGGGGUGCGGCACGUGUGGUCCGAGGCUUAGCAGGGCCGGAUUGGCUGGCCAGCGACAGCCACGGACGGGGGGCCAGGAGGCGUGGGAUUUGGUGUCAGCAUUUGAAAAUGUGUUUAUGGUCGGUUAGAAUGAAAACAUUCUAGAAAGUGCUUGUUCGUUCGUUCUUUCUGUUUUUGCUAAAGUAGAAGUUAAGAACCUGCUUACUCUGACCGCUAGGUGUCCCCCUUUACUUAAGCAGCAGCUGGGUGUGGACGAGGCCGGUUGGCCUUGCUAGGGGACAGGCCCUGCGUGCUGCGGCAGCGUCUCCUGCAGCCCUGGCCUCCGCUGGCCUCCCCGAGCUCUGGGUGCUGCAGGAGCUGGGUGUCGUCAGGUACCUGCAGAGCCUCUUCUCCAAAUUCUCGUGUCCGUGAGGCCCUGUCCUCCUGUGCAGGUGGAGGGUGAAGACCCCAGGGUCUCUCAGAGGUCCCCUCAAUAGGAGGACCUGCCUCCGUACACUUCGGGGCUCCCUUGCUUUGGUCUGAGCUCCCUGGUGGGCCUUGCAGGCAGGUGAGCAGGUUCCUGCCCCUGCUGGAGCAGGUGUUCCCUCUGCACGGAAGAUCCCGGAAGGGAAAGCCUGCCUGGAAGGGCGUGUCCGAGUGCGUGUGGGAGCUGGCCUGGUCUCAGUGUUGGGACCCGUGACUGCCUGGGUGGCUGAAGUCUUCCCUUUUUUGUGUUUGUGUUUCAUGAUUCCACCUGCACAGGAGAUUUUGAAGAAGCAUCACAUUGUUUGAAAAACCUUAUAUCUGUGUGUGGGGCUGUGUCCAGCGUGGACAUGGCCACGGUCGUCGCUGGGAGGAACCGACUGAGGCUGAAGCCAUCCCCGUCCCAGGGCGAGCUGUAAAACUGGAGUGCAACCGUACGUGUUCAUCUUUGACUUUGCUUUUUAAUCAGUUUAUUUAAAAUUGCUCUAAUUUACCAUUUGUAUGUAUUUAAUCCACU